AGCUGCCGUCCGCACCGCCGCCAGCAGGAAAAGUUUGGAGAGAGGAAAGAGAAGAAAACAGCGGCCGGGCUGCCCGCUUUGUUUCCUCCUCAGGCCCCAAGACCCGCUACACAGGAGAGGAGGAACCGGUAGAGCCGGGAGCUGAGAGCCAGCCGCCGCCGCUGCUGCUGCUGCUGCUGCUGGACGGGAAUUAAAACUCAUUUCUCCGUGUGUCUCUGCAGCGGUGGACGUUUGGAAAUCCGCCCUGCUCUCAGAGAUGCAGCCAGUGAACGCAGCGCAGAGGAACUCCAGAUCUGCUUCAGUUUCCUGUCUUCUGCUCACAUUAAAGGAAGAAUCCACCAUUUUUACCUGCCGUCAGGAUUAAGGAUUUUACCUUUUUCCUUUUUCCUUUUUUUUUUUUUUUUUUUUAAAGAAGAACAGCGAAGGACCCUGAGUGCUGCUGAUUUGUUGACUCAUCAGUUCUUGUUUACGUCAGAGAUGCCCGGCGGUGGGCGGAGCCGUCCCUCGCAGGAGUUCAGCGGUGAGAAACGUGAAGUGCGGCAGGCGGAUCGAGGCCUCGAGACGCUUUGCUGACAAACGAGUGAGUGACCUCCCCCCUCCCCAACGCCGCUCGCCCGCCCCGAAGACGUCAGCGACGAGCACGCCAGCCGAUGUCGGCCGCCAACAGCUCACCACCGCCACCGCCGCUGGCCUCCCCGCGGUCUUUCGCCCCGCCCACCCCGUCGCCGUCGCCCAGCCCCCCCGCCACGCUGCUCGGCCGGCUGUCCAAUGGCAGCCAGGCGGCUCCCAGCCCCACGGGCUCUCGGGGCUCGGGGCUCGGCGUGUCCUUCCUGCUGCAGAUCGGACUCACCAGGGAGACGGUCAGCCUGGACGCCGGCGACCUGUCGCUGUCCGCCGUCAGAGAGCUCGUCUGCUCCAUCGUGGACCAGAAGUUCCCUGAGUGCGGCUUUUUCGGGAUGUACGACAAGAUCCUCCUCUUCCGCCACGACCUGAACUCCGACAACAUCCUGCAGCGCCUGACCUCGGCCGAGGAGAUCCACGAGGGCGACCUGAUCGAGGUGGUGCUCUCCGCUCUCGCCACAAUCGAGGACUUCCAGAUCCGACCUCACGCGCUCUACGUCCACUCCUACAAGGCCCCGGCCUUCUGCGACGACUGCGGCGAGAUGCUGUGGGGGCUCGUCCGGCAGGGCCUCAAAUGUGAAGGAUGCGGGUUGAACUACCACAAACGGUGCGCGUUCAAGAUCCCCAACAACUGCAGCGGCGUGAAGAAGAGGCGCCUGUCCAACGUGUCGCUGCCAGGCCCCACCCUGUCCGUCGCCCGCCCGCCGCCCAGCGAGCACGCCCCGACGCCGCAGGACGAGCAGCGCCCCCUCCUGGGCGCCGGGAAGCGUAACUCCCUGCUGAGCGGCCGGCCCAUCUGGAUGGAGAAGAUGGUCCUGGGCCGGGUCAAGGUCCCUCACACCUUCUCCGUUCACACCUACACGCGACCCACCAUCUGCCAGUACUGCAAGCGCCUGCUCAAGGGCCUCUUCCGCCAGGGGAUGCAGUGCAAAGACUGUAAGUUCAACUGCCAUAAGAGAUGUGCGGCCAAAGUCCCCCGAGACUGCCUGGGCGAGGUCGACUUUAACGGAGAGCCGUCCAGCCCCAGUCUGGACUCGGAGGUGACCAUGGAGGUGGACCACAGCGACGCCAACAGCGAGGGCGGCCACAGCACCGAGGAGCAGGAGGAGCCCUCCACCCCCGACGACAAGAUCUUCGACAUGGAGGGCCCCUGCGCGGACGGCGAGAAGGACGACGAGACGCUCAGGGCGAUCAGCCCGUCCACCAGCAGCAACAUCCCUCUGAUGCGAGUGGUCCAGUCCAUCAAACACAACAAGAGGAAAAGCUCCACGGUGGUCAGAGAGGGCUGGAUGGUGCACUUCACCAGCCGGGACAACCUGAGGAAGAGGCAUUACUGGCGGCUGGACAGCAAGUGCCUGACUCUGUUUCAGAACGAAAGCGGAGCCAAGUAUUACAAGGAGAUCCCCCUGUCAGAGAUCCUGCAGGUGGUGCCGGCUCAGGACUUCGCCAGCCUGGCCCAGGGCAGCAACCCCCACUGCUUCGAGGUGAUCACGGCCAACAUGGUGUACUACGUCGGCGAGGACAACGGCGGCCUCGGACACAACCCCGUGCUGGCGGCGUCCGGCGUGGGGCGGGACGUGGCCCAGAGCUGGGAGAAGGCCAUCCGCCAGGCCCUGAUGCCCGUCACGCCCCAGCCCAGCGUCUGCACCGUCCCGGGACAGGUCAAAGACCACAAGGAUCUCUCCAUCAGCAUAUCGGUGUCCAACUCGCAGAUCAAGGAAAACGUGGAUAUCAGCUCAGUGUACCAGAUUUUUGCCGAUGAAGUCCUGGGCUCUGGGCAGUUUGGGAUCGUCUACGGAGGUAAACACAGGAAGAGCGGCAGAGACGUGGCAAUCAAAAUCAUCGACAAAAUGAGGUUUCCGACCAAGCAGGAGAGCCAGCUGAGGAACGAGGUCGCCAUUCUCCAGAACCUCCAUCACCCUGGGAUCGUCAACCUGGAGUGUAUGUUCGAGACCCCCGAGCGGGUCUUCGUGGUCAUGGAGAAGCUUCAUGGUGACAUGCUGGAGAUGAUCUUGUCCAGCGAGAAGAGCCGACUGCCCGAACGCCUCACCAAGUUCCUGGUCACACAGAUCUUAGUGGCCCUCAGACAUCUCCACUUCAAGAACAUCGUCCACUGUGACUUGAAGCCUGAGAACGUUCUCCUGGCCUCUGCAGAACCCUUCCCUCAGGUGAAGCUCUGUGACUUCGGCUUUGCUCGAAUAAUCGGGGAAAAGUCUUUCCGGCGCUCAGUGGUCGGCACCCCGGCCUACUUGGCCCCUGAGGUGCUUCGCAGCAAAGGCUACAAUCGAUCUCUGGACAUGUGGUCAGUCGGCGUGAUCGUCUAUGUCAGCCUGAGCGGGACGUUUCCCUUCAAUGAGGACGAGGACAUCAACGACCAGAUCCAAAACGCCGCCUUCAUGUAUCCAUCCCACCCAUGGAAGGAGAUCUCUGCAGAGGCCAUAGACCUGAUCAAUAACCUGCUCCAGGUUAAGAUGAGGAAGCGCUACAGUGUGGACAAAUCUCUCAGCCACCCCUGGCUUCAGGACUACCAGACCUGGUUGGACCUCAGGGAGUUUGAGACCCGGCGGCGAGAGCGCUACAUCACCCACGAAAGCGACGACGCCCGCUGGGAGGAGUACGCCGACGAGCGAGGCAUCCACUACCCGAAGCACUUCAUCAUGGCGCCCAACCUGGACGACAUGGAGGAGGACCCCUAGUGGCCCGGAGGACCAACAUUCCCCACGUGAAUCAGAGGAAGCAGCAGGCGGGCGGGGUCAAUCCCUCCAGGCUGCUCUGGAGACCCCUGGAGCCCGUUGCUGUAGAGACUGUCGCCAUGGAGACCGUGAGAGCUUUCGCAAAGACCGUACGGGAUGUGCGUUAAGGCGCCCGUCAGCUUGCGUUGCAUCGCGGGAAAGCGAGGACGCUACGUACAGGCACCUGCGUUUGAGGAACACUGUGAUGCGGGAACUCGCUGUGAGCGGCGACGACGUUCAGGUCGACUUCCCAACAUUCCAGACACUUUACGUAUUUCACCCCUCCCCCCACCCACUGCCUUCGUCUUACAAGCCAUAACAGACAGACUUUGUGAGCCUGAAUGUUUCAGGGAUUUUCCCCGAUUUCCGACACGUCCCUUGAAUAAACGUCUGCACUGCCAGUCAAGCCGUAGAAGGGCUAUCUCAAACAUUUGGACCAAAAUCCUAGAGACUUUAUGGAUUUUUUUCAGCUCAAAUAGUGUAUUUUUUAUUAUUAUGUCAAUAUUACAUUUAAAAGCUUGUAAAAUCCAUGUAAGAGAUGUUGUGAAUCUACAACAACAAAAUUGCUAUUUUUCAAACUGUUGAAAUCAUCCUAUGUGACUUUUUUUUUUUUUUUUUUUAACUGGAACACUUGUUAGUAUCGAUAUAUAGUGACUGUAAAUUUAAGUUGUUUUUCUAAGUUGUGUUUUGUUGGGAUGUCUUUGCACUAUUGGGUAACUCCUUCAGAGGGGAUUUACACUGAAACCGACUUUUACGUUGUUAUUCUGCAAAGGUUUUACCUAAGAUUUUUUUUCUGUUUUAUGAGAUUUUUGAAGAAAAAAAAUUGUCAUAUGGCAUCAAUUAAUUAAUAGUAAAUUAGAGUCAACACUUUCAGUAUUUUUAACAAGUAAAAUUAGUUAAAAAAAAUAAUAAAGGUACAGGAACUUUCCAUAACAUCUUGAGGAAAUUCCCCAAGACGGAAAACAAAGCCAUCGUACUGAAGAAAAAUCUUCAGGAUAUCCUACUUUUGCAGGACAUCAAUGUAAGGCUGUUUUUUUGUGUAAUUCCCCUUUAAACUCUGGCUCCCUCGGAGGCCUUGAUUGAAGGCUAGCUGGGAAUCAGGAGCUGCUAUCGUCUUACCGUCUCUGAGAAAAUGACUCCCCUGUAGAGCUUCGUUGAUCCUUUUGUGACUCAGCCUGAGAAUUUACUCCAUACGUUUUAUAUUUUUGCUAGAACUUUGUCCAGCAUGUCUGGUGGAUGACUGAGAAAUCCGACUUUUGAUGUGAAAAUAUUGAAGUUAAAAUGGGAAAAGCAGGGAAAAUGUACAUUCUUUAUCUUUCACACUCGAGGCUGCGGCCGCACUGAUCCAUCUGUCUGCGUCGUCAAAUUGUCAAUGAUGCGUCCGUCCUCCUGGAAUUUGUGUCGGUUUCUUUAAUGGAUUGAAAACUUCGCAGAUGCUCGACUUUUUGGAACAGAUGGAGACGUCGUCAUUUGUCUCAGGCCAUUAGACAUUUUUUUAAUCCUGACCAGACACUAUGUCAAAGGAAUUUCAAAACCAACAGCCGGACUCAGAUUUCUCAAAUUCCUAAACGUGCAAUGAUGGGUGAGUGUUGCCGCAGCCGUCGCUCAUGUAGCUGAUGCUCUUAUCCAGAUGACUUAUUUAGGAGUGCAGCAGUGGAAUAAGCUUAAGUCGCUUGAUCACCAACAUUACCAACAUUAGGUCAAAGGUCAAGGCAAAGACAAUAUUGCUGUAUUCUUACAAAGUUCAGGUAAGAGAGGAAGUGCUGGGGAAGGAAUAGAAACAGCCUCAGAGAAAGAGGUAGAAGACAUAGGGCUGCAAAUCACAACAUGGUCAGUUUCCAAAUUGCACGAGGCUGCAGUAACUUAAUUAAAGUGGUUCAUUAAAGCUUUUCAUAAUUUAUUAUAAACAGGAUAUUUUGGUGUUGAGCCCAGUUUCUUGCCUUUCCCGUUGUAUUUGAACACAGCAGAUCUUAAAGGCAGACUGUGCAGUUUGGGGGCACCUCACCUUGUUUUGAUGUGGUGAAGAAUUACAAAUACCACACAGUUCUCAAAGUAAUAUAAAUUAGAAAUGCCUCACGAGUUCAGGACAACUCUUUUACCCCAUCAUACCCCAAAAAAUAAGAGCAUUUUGCUCCAUCCUUUAUGUUUUUGUGAACAUUUGACAUCAGAACAUUAGAUUGAAGACAGACAGACAGUGUGACAUUAACUCUAUUGGUUAUUAGUCUUGGCUUUUAUUUUUCUUCAGCUUCAUCUUUAACAUGAGGAAACACAGUGGUGUGCCCUCCCAUUUCAAACUGCAUCAUCUGCGUUUAAGCAACAAUUUUUUGGGGUUUAAUUUUUUGCUCAAUGUCUGUAUUCUGUAUUGCAGUUUGUAAUGUAACCGCUGCAUUAAGCAAAAUAAUCUCAAUCUGACCGUCAGCGUGCUGCAGCCCUGGUGUGGAAUAAUAAAACCUGACAUCUCCACCUUUAUUUUCCUGUGAAGCGUUAGAUGCUGUGUUUCUCUGUCCGUGCAGAUGUAAAGCUUUCACAGCCUUUCUUGUUUUCCCUCUGUUUGUUCUGUUCUGCUGUGUCGCUCUUUCAUCCUCUUCAGCGUUCGGUGUGGAGAGCAGUUUGGACUCAAGGCCACUUCUGCCUCUGUGAUGACAAAGGCUUUGUGCUCUGUGAAGGAAAACUGGAAGAAUAAAAGUCUCCAUGCAGACGAA